AUGUUCCUGAGCCGUUCCAGCGAUGGCAGCAUGCCUCUGCUCGAGGGCCGGACGUUUCAGAUCACUCCCGGCGCAGGUGCCGUCGAGCGGAGGAGAGGGGUCAAGCGCAAGAGCACAAAUGAUGACUGCGCAGCAGGCGGGAGCUCUGGCAGCGACGCGAACUCCGACAAAAGAGGCGAGAACGUCCAGCUCUCAGACAACGGGUCGGUCCGGACCGAGGAGGUCGAGUCGGCCGGCUCGCUCCGGGAGUUUGUCGACGACGGGAGCGUGCGGGGCGGAGAAGGGGCCAUCGCCCAUGCCGCAAUCGAACAAGAGCGCGUGGCAGCUUCGGCGGACGCCCGCGUGCCUCAGGGUCGGGCCUCCGACGGCAGUCUAUCUCCGGACGAGCACGGUGACAGCGUUCAGCCCGCCGACAACGAGGAGGAGCGGUCCAGCGAGAGCCAGACCACCGGAUCUCUGGCCGACUUCAGACACGAUGCCGGCACCCCCCGGGAAGAUGCGACUUUCUACGCGGCCUUUGAGAACGAGCGUGCGGCAGCACUCGACUCCUGCGAUCCGUUGCCUCAACUCUGGUUCUCCAAGAAGGAGGCGGCCGUUGGGCACCAGCGGGCGAACCGACACGCGCUGAUCGCCUCCUGCGACCUGAGUGCAUCUGGGGGUUACAAGAAGUUCUCGAGCUUCGUCAACGCCGGUGCCUUCGUGAGCUAUCUGAAAAAGCUGCGGGCCGAAGGAGUGGACCUGAACCUUUACGAGUGCGCCGACGCGGAAACCGCCUCGAAAUUCUACGUGGACGUCGACUACGCGACAGCAGAGCGGAGCGACGAGGACUUCCGGGAACGAUUCGAGCACUGCGAGAUCGUGCUGCGUGGCUUCCUCGAGCGGGUCCUCCUGGUCCCUCCCAAAGCAAUUACCUUCCAAGUAGCCACCGCCCACGGGAAGCGCAAGGACGGGGGUUACAAGUACAGCGCCCACGUCUGUCGGCAGGGAUUCUAUCUGAAGGACUCGUCCGUCCGGAGGGAACUGAAACGAGCCGUGAUCUUCUUCCUCGAAAAGCCUCCCCAGCAGCUGCGGCGGAACUGCGAGUUUCUGUUCUUUCGAGAGUUCAAGGAAGGGGUCUCCAUCGAGAAGUGCCUCAUCGACACUGCCGUGUACAGCUCGUUCCAGAACUGGCGCACCCUCUAUUCGGAGAAGAAGGGGUCAGGCCGCCCUCUCGAGCCAGCGGUGGGGAGCUCUCCCGACAUCGCAGACCAUCUGAUCGGCUUCCACGACCCGGCAGUCAGAGCGGCGGCUCUGGAACUCGACGGCGACUUGCUGGCGACUUACAACCAGCGGGCGGAACCUCUGCCGUGCGUCUCCCGGGGGCCCGCGAGGAACCCAGUACGGGGGCUCAGGGAGACUUUUGUGGAGCGGGGUGGCGCGGUAUACCCUCUCACCGGCGUGGAGAAAGACCGACUGCUGCGGCGAUACCAGAAGGACCAUCCGGGCGCGUGGAUCCUGCGGGCGGAAGCCAUGGGCGAAGGCGUCUUCACCGUGCACUUCGGUGUCCCGGCCCCCUACUGCUGGAUAGCGGGGCGGGCGCACUCGUCACCCGGGAACGCGUGCGGGUACUUGGUGUACCGCAGAAACACGCCCUCCAAAGCCUUCUACCGGUGCCAUUCGAGGUCCUGCAGCGGAGUGGCGGUCGACGGGAGCGGCAGGCGUCUGCAACGAGUCCUGCAGCUGGAUGCGGAGUGCAUCGAAUCCUGGACCAGCGACUACGAGAUUGUUGGCCGUAUGCGAGGGUACCCCAUCCCUAACCUCCGGCGCGACGCGGAGCCUCAGACGACUCUGGUGAUGGCCAACAUGGGCGCCGGGAAGUCCAAGGAGCUCUUCCACGGGCUCUUGCCUCGCUUACCCUCGGAAGCCUCCGUCUGUCUGAUCGCGCCGAACAUCGCGUUGGCCAGGAAGUACCACGAGGAGACCAGGAAGGAGGGUCUGGACUACGUCUGCUACCUGGACGAGAACGGGGGCAAGAUUACCGCGCGGCGGGUGGUGGUCUGCAUCAACUCGAUAGCCAGGGUGCUGCCGCGUUUCGAUGUGGUGGUCAUGGACGAGGUUAACUUCACCCUGACCAACAUGGCCUCCACCGUCAUGAAGGACAAGAAGCUAGUCUUCUUGGCUCUGGAGGGAAUAGUGGCGGGGGCGAAGGCGGCGUUCCUGAGCGACGCCCAUCUGAACUGCCCCCGUGUGGUGGAGUGGAUCCAGACCUUGCGGCACGCGAGCCGCUUCUAUACCAUCCGCAACCGUGGCGUCUGGCCUUCGAAGCGGAAGGCAUUCAUCUCGCCGAUGCCCGGACCGCUCGUGGGCAGAGGGCAGCCCAAGGCGACGUUCUCUCUGGUGGUGGAGGGUAUCCUGGACCUCGUCGCAUCCGGAAAGACCGUCAUGGUUCCCGCCACGAGCAAAACAGUCGUAGAGCUUCUGGAGACGGCAUUCGAGGCUCGUUUUCUGGAGAAGAAGCUCAUCGCUUUCCACGUCAUCGCGGACUGCCUCGCGUUCACCGUGCCCACUAUCGGUCCCGGGGUCUCGAUCGAGAAGAAGGGGAGUUACGACCUGGUGGUCGGGGUGGCCGUAAACUCCGACAACCACCCCGACGCCCAAGUCCUGAUGCAGCAGAUACAGAGGGCGAGAGAUGCCGGGGACAUACAGAUCUUCUACAGCGAACUUCCGAGCCGUCGGAGGGUCCCUCACCCGGAUACCAAGGAAGAGGUGUUCCGGAUGCUGGAGAGUAGCGACCGGGAGCUCGCCGACCUGAUGCAAGGGGUCUCGGUAGAUCAUGUGGACAUGCUGCGGGGUGCUCCGGGAGAGCGUGCCAUCUACGACCGCAGCUCCGCAACCUGCAACCUCCGAGAACGUUUGGCGGGGGCGAAUGUUGUUGACAUCUACUUAACGAGUGUCUAA